GUGAAACUAUAACGGUUCGUCUUGUAAUUAGGGCACUUAACAUCAUCUUCUUCACCAGUUAGCCGCCUAUUCAUCGCAGAGCAACUGCAACUGGAGAUUUGCAGCUGCUGCAAGCCCAAGUUGAAAGUCUUAGAAACAUACAAACCCUUUGUUCAAGAUGAGCCGGCCAAUGGAGGAAGAAGUUACCAAGAACGAGGAAGAGGAAUUUAAUACCGGACCACUCUCUGUUCUUAUGAUGAGUGUCAAGAAUAAUACUCAGGUGCUCAUCAACUGUCGUAACAACAGAAAGCUUCUUGGACGUGUGAGAGCAUUCGACAGGCAUUGCAACAUGGUUCUGGAAAAUGUUAGGGAGAUGUGGACUGAGGUGCCAAAGACUGGAAAAGGCAAGAAAAAAGCCCAACCGGUUAACAAGGAUAGAUUCAUCAGCAAGAUGUUUCUCCGUGGGGAUUCAGUUAUCAUUGUUCUUAGGAAUCCUAAGUGAGAGGUGUAUUGUAUGUAGCUUUGACAAUUCCAAUGACUUGUAGAAGUAGAGUCCAUGCUGAAGAUUUAUGUACUAAGGUUGGGAGCUUUUAUGUGCACGUUUUAGAGCAACUUUCAAGUGCUGUAUAUUUCUUGAGCAAAACUUCACUCAUUUGGAUUUGUUUGUGAAUUUUAGUUGCACUUUUAGAGUAA